UCUCCCUUCUUAUAGUUUUCUUUCAGCCUGUGAAAUCUAAUCUUAACUGUUAGCUGUAGAUCUUUAUUCCCACGAAUCCUGCUUGGAUUCUAGACCCUUCUGUUAGAGAUGAAAACACACAAGUCACUUGAUUUCCUGUGAAACUGAAAUUAAAUAAGCUUUUUUUUUUUUUUUAAAGAAGUUUUGGUGAACGGACCGAACGGGCUCCAUUUUUAGAUGGGAGGAUGGAAAUAAUAUGUCCACUUAAUUAACGGAGACUGAAGUCCAGAAGAUGGAGCAUUGUGAUCUGAAGGUGGACAGAUCAGAACCUCUGGGAUCCAGCUGUCCAUCUAUGAGGAGUGACAGGUCCAGAAAACAUCCUCCAAGCUUCAGGGAAGAACCUGGACCCUUAAACUCAGAAGGUCAGAAACAUGGACUGAGUGCAGAAUCUUCAGGAUCAAGCUGUCUGUCGAUGAGGAGUGACCACUCCAAAGUAGAACCUCUAAGCUUCGGUACUGAUCCUGGACCCUCAGACCUAAGCAGGUGGGAGGACUCAUCAUCAGAACCCUCCUCUUUCCCCCAGUGUGGAGAAAGACCCAGACCAGGAGCUGGACUACUGCCAGACAAUCAGAGCAGCUGUGUAGCAGAUGCUGGUCUGCAGAAGAUUUUAGAGGAACAUAAGAACAGUCUGAGGAAGAGAUGUGAAUGUGUGAAUGAAGGAAGUGAUAAACCAGGAAGUAGAACCCUCUUCAACAUGAUCUAUACUGAUCUCUACAUCACAGAGGGGCAGAGUGAAGAAGUUAAUACCCAACAUGAGGUGAAGCAGCUGGAGAGAGCUUCCAAGAUCCAGAAUCUUUGUGGCUCUCAAAUCAGGUGCCACGACAUCUUUAAAGCCUUACCUGACCAACAUGGACCCAUCAGAGUGGUUCUGACCAAUGGCGUUGCUGGUGUUGGAAAAACCUUCUCAGUGCAGAAGUUCACUCUGGACUGGGCAGAGGGCUUAGAGAACCAAGAUGUCUGUGUGGUGGUUCUGCUUUCCUUCAGGGAGCUGAACUUGAUCAGAGAUGAGCAGCACAGUCUUCUCACGCUGCUCCAUGUUUUCCAUCCAAAACUUCAGAAGCUCCCAGCAGAGAAGCUGGCUGUCUGUAAACUUCUCUUCAUCUUUGAUGGCCUGGAUGAAAGCAGGCUUUCUCUGGAUUUUGAUGACAGUCAGCUUGUUUCUGACAUCACACAGAAGUCAUCGGUCAACGUUCUGCUGACAAACCUCAUCAAGGGGAACCUGCUUCCCUCAGCUCUCGUCUGGAUAACUUCCCGACCUGCAGCGGCCAAUCAGAUCCCGCCUUCAUGUGUUGCCAGGGUAACAGAAGUGCGAGGCUUCACCGACACCCAGAAGGAAGCGUACUUCAGGAGGAGGUUCAGUAAUGAAGAGCUGUCCAGCAGAAUCAUCUCCCACAUCAAAACCUCCAGAAGCCUCCACAUCAUGUGUGCAAUCCCAGUCUUCUGCUGGAUCACUGCUAGAGUUCUGGAGAACAUGUUGACCACAGGACAGAGAGGAGAGCUGCCAAAGACCAUGACUGACAUGUACUCACACUUCCUGCUGGUCCAGACGAAGAGGAAGAAGAACAAGUACCAAGAAGAACGUGUGAGAAGUCCCCAGGAGCUGAUGAAGGCUGACAAGGAAGUUCUUCUGAAGCUGGGGAGGCUGGCAUUUGAACAUCUGGAGAAAGGAAACAUCAUGUUCUACCAAGAAGACCUGGAGCAGUGUGGUUUGGAUGUCACAGAGGCCUCGGUGUACUCAGGAGUUUGUACAGAGAUCUUCAAAAGAGAGAGUGUGAUCUUCCAGAAACCAGUCUACUGCUUUGUUCAUCUGAGCAUUCAGGAGUUUCUGGCUGCAGUCUACAUCUUCCACUGUUUCACCAGCAGGAACACAAAGGUGAUGGAGAACUUCCUGAGGGAAGAACUAGAAGAAGAACUAUUUGAAGGAAUAAAGUGUGAAACAUCUCUGGAAGAGUUCUUGAAACGAAUCAUGGAGAAAUCUGUCAGAAGUAAAAAUGGCCACCUAGAUCUGUUUGUUCGCUUCUGUCAUGGCCUCUCUAUGGAGUUCAACCAAAGACUCUUAGGAGACAUGGUGGGUCAUAUAGAAACCGGUCCGGAAACCAUCCAGAGAGUCAUCAACAAUCUAAAGGAGAUGAACACUGGUAAUAUCUCUCCAGACAGAAGCUUAAACAUCUUCCAAUGUGUGAUGGAGAUGAAGGACCUCUCAGUUUGUCAGGAGAGCCAACAGUUCCUGAAAUCAGAGACCAGAUCAGAGAAGCUCUCAGAGAUCCAGUGCUCAGCUCUGGCCUACAUGCGGCAGAUGUCAGAGGAGGUUCUGGAUGAGUUGGACCUAGAGAAGUACAACACAUCAGAGGCAGGACGGCGAAGACUGAUUCCAGCUGUGAGGAACUGCAGAAAGGCUCGACUUUAUGGCUGUAAACUCUCAGAGACUGAAUGUGAAGUUGUAGCCUCAGCUUUGAAGUCCAAAUACUCUCCUGUGGCUGAAGUGGAAAUUAGAGAGAUCGAUGGAGUUCGAGACGCUGGAAUGAAGCAUCUGUGUGAGAUACUGAAGAGUUCAGUCUGUAAAGUGAGGAUCCUCAGCUUGUGGAGCUGCCGUUUGUCUGUGAUCAGCUGUGCUUCUCUGGGCUCGGCUCUGAAGUCCAACCCCUCCCAUCUGACAGAACUGGACCUGAGCUGGAAUGAAGACCUGAAAGAUGCCUCAACGAAGGAGCUAUGUAGUUUUCUCCAGACUCCCCUCUGUAAACUACAGAUAUUGAGAUUGAGGAGCUGUCGUUUGUCAGAGAUCAGCUGUGUGUCUCUAGGCUCAGCUCUAAAGUCCAACCCCUCACAUCUGGCAGAACUGGACCUAAGCUGGAACCAAGACCUGAAAGAUGCUGGAGUGAAGGAGCUCUGUGGUUUUUUCCAGACCCCCCACUGUAAACUACAGAUAUUGAGAUUGAGGAGCUGCAGAUUGUCAGAGGUCAGCUGUGCUUUUCUAGACUCAGCUCUGAAGAACAACCCCUCCCAUCUGACAGAACUGGACCUCAGUCAGAACCAAGACCUGAAAGAUGCUGGAGUGAAGGUGCUUUGCGGUUUUCUCCAGACUCCCCUCUGCAGACUACAGAUGUUGAGAUUGAGGAGGUGCAGUUUGACAGAGACCAGCUGUGCUUCCCUGGGCCCAGCUCUGAAGUCCAACCCCUCCCAUCUAACAGAACUGGACCUAAGUCAGAACCAAGACCUGAAAGAUGCUGGAGUGAAGGAGCUUUGCGGUUUUCUCCAGACUCCCCUCUGUAAACUACAGAUAUUGAGGUUGCAGCGCUGCAGGGUGUCAGCGAUCAGCUGUGCUUCUCUGGUGUCUUCUCUGAAGUCCAACCCCUCCCAUCUGACGGAACUGGACCUGAGCUUCAACAACCUGAAGGAGUCAGAUGUUCAGCAGCUGGAGGAUCUUGUAAAGAGUCCAGACUUCAAACUGAAAUCUGUGGAGUGGUGGUCCCUGGUAUCAUCUUUGUAGAGGAGAACAGCCGAUCUAUGUCCUGCUGAUCAACAGAGAUUCAAGCUGCGGCAAUUUGAGUUUAAAGAGAUUUUAAUCCUGUUUAUUUGAUUGUCUGUCAUUUAUUAUCUGAUAUUGUUUAACUCUUUGGGUGAUGACCAAAUGAAAACUAAGCUUUAUUUAGUGGCAACAUGUAUUUUUUUUUAUUGAAUUUGUUGAAACUGUAAAGUUGGUCUUAUUUUCAGGUACAUACCUUUUGGUUUCUCUCAAAAAGGUAUGUAUGUGGGUAGCGCUGUUGCCUUGCAGCAAGAAGUUCCUGGGUUUGAGUCUGACCCUUUGUCUUUGUGCAUGGAUUGGGGGAGUGCUGGCCUAGUGGUUAGAUCAUUGCGCUUGUGUCCUGCAGGUUCUGGGUUCUCCCACAUACCCUUCAAGGGGAUGGAUUAAAAGCAGAGAACAAAUUUCAUUGGAAUGUAUGUUGCAAUGACAAUAAAGAUGAUUAAAAAACAGUAUUGUAGAAAAAUGUAAAUGCUAAUUUCAGCUAUAUGUGAGCAGGGCUCUCCACUCAUGCAUUGGCCAUGUGACACAUGCAUUUCCCUGUCUGCUCACACAGGGCAUUCCUCAGAGAUCAAAAUGUUUCUGGCACAAGUUCACCAACUUUCGAAGAGCAUAAAUUAACUGGUUGACAACUUCAAGACUUGAAGGGUCGGGACCAUACUUUAUUGACAGACCAACACAUUUCGGCAUGUGGCCUUCUUCAGGGUAAUUUCAAAGCACUCCAUCAGCUGUCUUUAAAUAAGUACAAUGCAGAAAAAAUUUAAAUAAACUUAUCACUUAUUCACACAUACCUAAACUGACCAAUCAGCAUCCAGGGGGAUAGAACUUGCUGACUGGUUAAACUAGUGCCUGAUUAGGUUCUUGCUAAAAACACAGUUUUAAAUAGGGCAUAUAAUCCCACAUUUGCAACAGUACUUCACUCCCACAAAAAUACAAUCAAAUCAGAUCCAUACAUUGCAACCACAAAACCAGCAGAAAUAACAGUAUCGUGACAAAAAACUCUAACUUCAUUAAAAACAAUAGGCAAAACCAAUAAAAACCAUUGCAAUCGUACAUUCCAAUGAAAUUUGUCUUCUGCAUUUAACCCAUCCCAGAUUGCUGCCCAGGAAACAAUCUGGGUGUGAUGAAUUUAGGAGGACCCAAGAAAUACCCGAAAACAAGUGAGUACAAAAUAUUAACAGUCUUUAUUUUGACGCUGGCGGCGCGGUCCCCUGGCUCGGCUCGCACUCUGCGACUGGCCGCUCCUGGACGUGCUGAGGGUAGAGCUCUGACUCCUUAUGUCGAAGGCGUCCGAGAGGGGGUUAUCCAGGGCUCUUUGUCCAGGUCCGGUCCGGGUCUUUGUCAGGGGGAAAUCCGUUUAACUCAGGCAGCGGUUUCCAAGGGAGAAUCCAACAGAGCGUCCAGGUCACAAUCCAGAAAGCACAGACGGACAGGGGACAGGCAAACUCGUUUUUACUCACGGACAGGCUGGGGUCAGAAACACGGUGAGGCAGUCCAGUUCUCUGAGGCUGACAGGCAGGACCCAGGCAGGCAGACAAAUCCAAAAGGGGCAGA